AUGUCAUUGAAUCUCACAGUCACCAUCCCGCUGGAGACAGCAGCCAUCCUCCGCAAAGCCCACGACUCUCGCACAGCUGAUCAGGACGUUGACUCGGCGUUGUUCACGGUUGCCAAUGCCGUCAUCGACGCGGUGAAAGCACUCCCCUGGAGCAUCACAACUUCACCGGCCCUGGAAGAAAAUCGAAACUUGUCACCCUAUGGUGUCUUGACGCCUCCUUUGUCGACCUACUCGAAAGAAUCCUCCAGCUACUCUAGAGAGUUAUCAGGAAGUUUCUCGAGACAACCGUCGGACUCGUACUCCCAGGGCAACUCGUCGGGCAUCUCGUACACGGGUCGACCACUCCCUGACCCGAAUUCGGAAUUUGUGAUCGCCUCACGGUCUACAUCAGCAUCUAUACCAGCGUCUGUACCAGAGGGAGGCUCUGCAAGCUCUUCAGAGUCGGACAGUUGGUGGUCGGCGAGGGAAAGCUACUACGACGACUUCUCAAUCGACAUUGUCGACAUAGUCAACGGGGAGGAAGAAAUAUAUUAUCUGUCUGUCACAGGUACAAUGACGGUCGAAGAAGUUGCCUUCAGGGCAGAGCAGGUCUCUGGCGUCCCGGCUGAAGCGCUGCGGCUGGUAUGGAGAGGAUAUCGAUUGAAUCAGCCCGAUGCUACACUAAGCACUUAUGGCAUUGGCGAUGGCUCCAAACUUCACCUCCUCCGAAAAGCACCGUCUGUCGACACACUGCCAGCCUCUGACUGCGAAGAGGAAGAGCCGUGUCAACCGUACCCAGGUUACGAAAUCAUCGUUCAGACGGUCGGUGAUAAACAAAUUCCCCUGUUGGUCCAAGGCGAGACGACGACUGCAGAGCUGGCUUCUGCGGUUUUCGACAGGCAAGGCAUAUGUCCAGGAUUGCAAAGGCUGGUCCACCGAGGUAAUGUCAUUUUUGACGGGUAUGCGUAUGAUUCUGGAGAAGCACACUUGAUAUACACUUUGGAGGAGCUUGGAAUUGGACCAGAGAGCGUGAUCACUCUCUACUUCUGCAACACCAUGCGCUCGAUUGGUAGCUCGACCUAG